AUGUCUGCCUCAGCAAACGGUGGUGCAGUGCCUUCAAGUCCAAGCACUGGACGUGGCGGAGGGCCCAAUCGCCACGGAUCGACCAAUCCCGCCGACGCCCACAAUGGACGAGAUUCUGCGCCCAGAGGUGGUAGAGGUCAACGAGGUGGAAAGGGUGGCAGAGGGAAAGGUCGGGGACAACACCGUGGUAGAGACAACGCGUCCAACCCCCAUUCUUCAGAAACUACGGCAGAAGGGAGCUCGGGACGACCACCUGGAGGCGGCUUCGGUGCACGUCUGACCGAAGCUGCCUCAACACAACAAGGCGACCCCCUCAACCCUCAGUCAAAAGGAGAUGAGCAGCAGGUGGCUGCGGAUGACGUCGACGUGUGCUUUAUCUGUGCGAGCCCUAUCGAGCAUGUGUCUAUUGCACCCUGUAACCACCAGACAUGCCACAUCUGCUCCCUGCGAUUGAGGGCUCUUUACAAGACCCGAGCUUGUGCUCAUUGCAGAGCCGAAGCACCGUUCGUGAUCUUUACCGACAACGCUGAGAAGCGCUACAACGAAUUUAACGAUAGUGACUUUGUUAAGAUUGAUGACAACUUGGGCAUAAAGUAUGAGAAGGACGUCAUUCUCGAAGAUACAAUCCUACUACUCAGAUACAACUGUCCGGACAGAGACUGUGAUGUUGCCUGUCUAGGGUGGCCAGACCUUCACCGACACGUAAAGUCCAAACACGGAAAGAUGAUGUGCGAUCUUUGCACGAGAAACAAGAAGGUCUUUACUCACGAGCACGAGCUUUUCACGUUCGGGGAGCUUCGCAAGCACGAAAAAUACGGGGAUGAUAACCCCGGCGCGAUCGACCAGUCCGGUUUCAGGGGUCAUCCAGAGUGUGGCUUCUGCAAACAGAGAUUCUAUGGCGACGACGAACUGUACGCCCAUUGCCGUGAAAAGCACGAGAGAUGUCACAUCUGUGACCGGAGAAACGGCGGUAGAAACCCACAGUACUAUCUGAACUAUCAGGAGCUGGAGAAGCACUUUGCAGCCGAGCACUUUGUCUGUCUCGAUGCCGAAUGUCAAGCCAACAAAACUAACGUAUUUGAAUCGGAAAUGGACUUGAAAGCACAUCAGCUCUCUCAGCAUCCCAAUGGGCUCUCGAAAGACGCCAGAAGAGAUGCCCGCCUUGUGGACCUUUCUGGCUUUGAACUCCGGACGCCUUACCAGCCACAACGUCGCGGGGGGAGAGAGCGAGACAGAGAAGGUCGUGGCAGCGGCAGAGGCCGUGAUCCCAAUGCCGAGCCUAUCCCCAUGUCCAGUGCUCAGACUUUAAGUCGUGCCGAAAUGGCUUACCAAAGACAGCUUGCCAUCCAAAGCUCUCAGUCUGUCUCGAACAGAACUUUUGGGGGCCAGCUCACUCAGACCACCCCUACGCCUCGACCACAAGCUUCUUCGCAACAGCCUCAGCCGCUGCCUUCGAUGGAAAACCUUCGAAUUGAUUCGGCGCAAGCAAGUACAACAAACAUGACACCUCAAGAACAGGCUCGAGCCGCGCGCCACCAAGCUGUCACCGACCGGGCCACCACGCUUUUGAAGAACGACACGACCAAACUAUCCCAAUUCCGCACACACGUCUCGGCGUACCGGAGCGGGACAAGCUCGGCUACAGAUCUCAUCGACUCGUUUUUCUCUUUGUUUGACUGUCCGAGUGCAGAACUCGGAAAACUCGUUCGAGAGCUUGCAGACCUGUACGAAGACGAGACGAAGCGGCAGUCCCUGUUGCAGGCAUGGAACAACUGGCGAAGCAUCAACGAAGACUACCCGAGUCUUCCGGGCCCGAGCGGUACGUUUCCAGGAGUAUCGAGCGCAGGCGCCGGCGCGACCGGCGGGCGGCGGGUCCUCACUCUCAAAAAGAGCACGGCACAGUCGUCUCGGUCAGCGGUCUCGAAACAAGGAUCAUGGGGCAACGCACUCUCCAGUGGCGCAAGCCGUGACCCUUUCCCAGCGCUGAGCGGCGCGAACGGACGCCCGAGCAAACCGGCACCGACGUCGCAAGCAGUCUGGGGCAACACGUCGGCGCCGCAAGUCAGCAGCACCACGAUGAGCGCCGCCGCCCCGAUCUCCCGGCCGCCGCCACCUCCUACGACCGCGUCGCGCGUCGGCACGUCAAGCAGGAACGUCGCCCCGCCCCGCCAGACCGAGGACAUGUUCCCUUCGCUCCCUGCAGCCCCGAAGCCGAACACGAUGAUGGCCGGCUUCAACACUCGCGGCUCGGGACGUCUGACCGCAUCGAGUCGCAACUCCCCUGCCGGCUCGGGAUCCGCGACGCCAGUCAACGCGUGGAGCCAGGCUGGGACGGCCCCGACGCCCGCCCAGGCCGCUGCCAUGGUGGGCUUUGGCGAGAACGGCGACACGGCAGGCUUCGAUGGCGCCGCGGGGAAGAAGAAGGGCAAAAAGUCCAAAAAGGGCGAGACGCUAUUUCACUUUGGAUGA